CAACAACAACAUCAAAAACAAUGAUAACAACAACGGCUGUUCCCCAUUCCCUGGUUCCUGCCCGGCUCAGUGCACGCUGGUGGACGCUUUAGGCUGUCCUGUGUGUACCUGUGAUGCCCCUAAACAGCCCGACAACCCAGCCACGUCCAGUCUUCCACUGGUCACCACCUCGUCCUGCCCUCCGGUCGACGAUCCUUGCUCCUCUGCUUGUCUCGGGGUUGACCCUACCGGCUGUGUCGUCUGCUACUGUGAACUCACGACCUCUACAACAACCAACAUGGCGGAAACCACAACCAAAAUGGCGGACAGCACAACCACCAUGGCGGUCACCACCAGCUCCACCAGCACCGUCCAUUCUUCACACGCCAAACCAACAACGUCUGCUCCAGCAACUGCAUCAAGCACGCCACACCCGUACACAACAAUCCCAGAAAAUAUCAAAACAAGUCUCGGAAACAAACCAGCAACAGCUACCAUUAUCCCAGAGAGUACUACGUAUCUUGCUCCUUUCAAGCUCACCAGUCACGUGUCCGACACAUCAACUGUCGUGACGUCAACGGAUGCUGCCAAUGUUCAAGUUCAAGGACAAACCAGACCUGCACCAGAUGUAGAAAGCUCGCCCACAGUUCUCUCAAGCGUCUCCAGUGUUGUGCUUACUUCAAACAAGAAACCGGUUUCAGCUUCUUCUGCGUCCAUUUCAUCCCCAAGCUAUUUUACAACAAAGAUGAAGACUACUUCAGAUCCUAUGUCGCUAUCCGGACAAGGGGGUCCUCAAGGUAAAAACAAAACAGCAGACACAAAGCUGUUAUCUCCAGCCCCAAUGGAAAUUUCCAGUCAAACUUCUCAGGCAAAACCUUCCCUAACAACGAGUUACGCGUUCACAGCAGCCAGUGAAAACACUAGUCCCGCAGCAGCGAAGGGUAAUGUCGGUUUUGACGAAGGGUUGACAGCAGGGUUUGCUGAUGUAAGCACACCUUUUGUUUCCAUAACAACGGCUACUGCAGUGGAGAAGAAGCAGACGACUCCACAGGAUUGUCCCAUGUUCAACUUUGACUGUCCGGCGGAGUGUGCAGCUGUCGACAGCAACGGCUGUUUAGUCUGUCAGUGUGGAGACACAGCUGUACCCUCUGGUCGAACCUCAGCUGAUACCAACAGCAGCAGCAAUAACAACAGCGACAACACCAGCAGCAAUGACAACAAACAGAACGUGCCAGUAACGACUCGUGUGCCAGCGAAGAGUCAGGCUAUGACAAACAGCGACAUUCUCUCCUCGAGCUCUCUGACCUUGACCUCACAAGCCUCAACUAACUUCCCAAAGACAACAGGCAACGUCUUCGGCCCUACAGACACAACGAAUGAUGACGUCAUUCGGGAUGAUUUCACAAUGACAGAUCUCAUCGCGGCACAAAAUGGCGGACAGAAGAAUCUAUCUACCAUUACUACGAAAGCUGCACAUUCAAAAACUCCUACCUGGAAAACCUCCAACCAACCAUCUGAACAGACGGCGACAGUCUCGGAGAAAACGACAAAACAAUCACCAGCCACAAGAAGGCCAACGUCCACCGUCGUUACCAUGACAACGACAGAACGCAACUUGCAGACGUGCCCUCCAACACGUUGUGUCUCGCCGUGUGACGUGGGGAUCACACUAGGGGCAGACAACUGCCCUAUCUGUUUGUGUAGACAAGAUAAUAUUAUAAAUGCCCCAUGAUAUUCACUGUAUUGAACGAACUAUAUAAAAUAUAUACUCAUACAUUUUUACUGACACCA